AUGGUCCGUGUUCCCAAAUCUAGGGUUACCUCCCUCGCGUGCUCUCAGCCCUCCUCUCUCAUCUCUCUCCCCCUCACCCAGCAACCUCUCCCGCAUUACCUCAAUUCCCCACCCCACCGCACGUGCGCACCAGCCCACGUGGGAAAUCCCGGAAGGGCGCAAGGCGGAGGCGGAGGCGGGGGCGCGGGGGGAGCUCCGCCGCCGACGAGCACUAUAUACGUGGCGAAUCUGCCCCCGGGCGCGGAUGAGGAGCUGCUGGCGGAGCACUUCGGCACAAUCGGGCUCAUCAAGAGGGACAAGCGCACGGGGCGGGCCAAGGUGUGGCUGUAUCGCGACAAGGAGAGCAUGGCACUGAAAGGCGAUGCCACCGUCACCUACGACGACCCCUUUGCUGCCGCCGCCGCCGUCGAAUGGUUCAACAACAAGGAGUUUCAUGGGCGGACUAUUGCCGUCUCGCUCGCUCAGACCAAGCAUGGGGGUGCCGGUGGGGGCGGGGGAGGGGGGAAUGGGUUUGGGCAUUCUGGGGAUGUGAGCGGGAGAGGCGAGGAGGGGGGUGGCGGAGGGGAGAUGCGGGGUGCGGGAGGUGGGGAUGGUGGGGCAGUGGCUGCAGCAGCUCAGGGGAAGCCGUGGCAGCAGCAGGGUGACUGGAUGUGCCCCAAUGCAACGUACGUGUGA